AUGAGAUGCUACACUCUGAUUGAAAGUUACCUUGAUCUCACAGAACAAGAGUCAUGGAAAGUAUUAGAAGUUGAAGUAAGAGUAGAUGUUGAGAAAGAAGAAUUAAUUAUGAUCAUGGGUGCUGAUCUGACUAAAUUACUUCAAGAAACUAUUCUGGUUAUUUGGGAUGAAGCUCCAAUGACACAUCACUAUGUUCCUGAAACUGUUGACAGAACAUUAAGAGACAUUAUGGAAAAUGAUCUUCCAUUUGGUGGUAAAAUAUUUUUGUUUGGGGGAGACUUCCAUCAAGUUCUUCCUGUAGUUCGCAAAGGCACAAGAGCCCAGAUUGUCAAUGCUGCUCUCAACAAGUCAUAUCUGUGGCAUUAUGUUCAUGUUUUCACUUUGACAGCCAACAUGCGAGUUGCUCAAACUACCAACUUUGAGGCAAAGGCAUUUGCAGAGUACUUGCUCAGAAUAGAAAAUGGCAAAGAUCCUAUUGACUCAUUAAUAGAUACUGUAUAUCCUAAUCUCACUAAAAAUGCUGCCAACAUUACCUUUGUAACAGAAAGAGCAAUAUUGACUCCUUUAAACACCAAUGUUGAUGAAAUUAAUGAACAAGUUAUGACAAAAUAUCCUGGAAAACAGUAUACAUACUAUAGCUUUGACUCAGUGCCAGAAGAUAACUUAAAUCUAUACCCAGUUGAAUAUCUUAAUUCCCUAACACCUCAAGGCCUUCCUCCACAUGAACUCACUCUAAAAGUUGGUGCUUCUAUCAUGUUACUUAGAAAUUUAGAUCCUAUUAAUGGACUUUGCAAUGGGACAAGGCUUAUCUGCUGGAAACUCUGGACAAGAAUAAUUGAAGCUGAAAUAAUAACAGGGGAUCAUCAAGAAAAGCAUGUAUUCAUAUCUAGAAUUCCUCUCCUAUCAUCUGAAGAUACUGGAUUACCUUUCGUAUUACAAAGAAAACAAUUUCCUGUGCGUCCAGCAUUUGCAUUGACCAUAAAUAAAUCCCAGGGUCAAACACUACCUCAUAUUGGUCUAUACCUUCCACAACCAGUAUUUUCUCAUGGUCAACUGUAUGUAGCUAUGUCAAGGGUACGCCAAAGGCAUAAUCUCUAUGUUUCUGUCAGAAAUGGAUCAAUACAAGACAAGGAUGGGGUUUAUACACGCAAUAUUGUAUAUGAAGAAGCUUUAGUACUAUAA